AUCUCUUCACUUGCAUAUAGCGUUAGUAGAAAUCUUCCUAUCGCUCUUUUCCUUUAUAGCCUCUGUAUGCCAAUUAGAGACUUUUCUAUUACUUUUUUGUAUUAAUUAUAGUAUUUUAUCUGUUUACUUGUAUCCCUGCUGCAGAAGAUCAACUUUUUAUUUGAAAAUAUUGCUUAGAAAUAAUUAUGUAGUAUAUUAGCGGUUGAAUAUUAGAAAAGAUGCCGAGAAAAAGGAAAGGUAAAGGAAAGGGUAGAGAUCCUACCCAGCAGACUUUGCAACAGCAAACUCCAGUAGAAGAAGCGGCUUCUUCUCAAGAGCAGGCAGCUGCCAAAAAAGAGUUCCAAGAGGAGGAAAGAGAUAGACCGUCUGUGCCGCCAGCUAGAUUAUUAAAAGCAGCUAAUUCUGGACAGGACGAAACUGUUCUCCAAAAACAAACGAGGAAUCGUGAUAGACAUGUCUUUUCAAAUCAAGAACACCUACAUUCUUCCUGUGAAAUAAGUGAACCUGAAGAGAAGAAACCUGAAUUCACUAGAGAUGAAACAGGUAAAAACUUCCAAACUGAGGGAGAAGAAAGAUAUUCUGAAAAUCUUUUCGAAAAAAUUUCAGGUUUAUCCUUACAGUCUAAAGAAAUGCAAGUGUCCAAAAAAGAAUACUCAAUGGCUACAAGACCAGGCUAUGGAAUUAAGGGUCGCAAUAUCAAACUAAUUGCAAAUUACUUUAUAUUAAAAUUUAAAGAUAUGCCUAUUUAUCAUUAUGAUGUUAAUAUAACUCAAAAUACAAAAGAGGGCGAGAGUAAAGAAAGCAUUAUACACCAAGGAAAUACUUUAAAACAAGCUAAAGAGAAAGGUGUACCUGUUGUUGAACAUGAACAGAAAAGAAAUAUUUGCAAAGAGAAGUGUAGGAAAAUUUUUGCAACUUUAGUGAAAAAUAAAAGGUUACAAAAAUUUUGUCCAGUUUAUGAUGGACAAAAAAAUAUUUUCACAAAUCAAAUUUUACCUUUUCAUAAAGAAUUGUGUGAAAAUAUUGAUAUUGGUGAAAAGAACACUUUCUGUGUAAUUAUAAAACCAGUUAGAAAGGAAGAUGGUAGUAACCUCAUAAAUUUGGAACCAUUGAUGGAAUUAUACCGUGGUCGUUCGAGAGAAAUACCGCAAGAUGCACUGUUAGUUUUCGACACCGUUAUGAAUCAUCGGGAGCCUCCACUGAUCCAAGUUCAACUUCGAAAUUCCUUUUUUAGUCCAAAUCAAAAUGAUUCACGAAAUUUAUUAUCUGGUUUAGAAAUAUGGUUUGGGUACAAUCAAAGCGUUCAUUUAGCACAGAAUUUUCCAGUAGUAGUUGUUAAUUUAGCAGCAAAGGCAUUUCACAAAUAUGGCUCAGUUAUAGACUACGCCUGUGAAAUUUUACGGAUCAAUAUUAUAAAUUGGCCUAGGUUAGAGCCGCUACAAAUUCAAGAACUAUCAGACGCACUAAGAAAUGUUCGUGUUCGAGUGACACAUCAAAAGCAACCUCGACUGUACACGAUAAAAGGAGUAAGGAAUUUGCCUGCCAGAGAGGAAAUGAUGGAAUUCGAAAAAAGAAAAAUUUCAGUUGCUCAGUAUUUUGCUCAAAAAUACAAAACUCUCUGUUACCCUCAGUUACCAUGCCUUCAUAUGCACGGUGGCAACAACAAAACUUACAUGCCCAUGGAAAAUUGUGUAAUAGUUAAAGGGCAAGCUAAAAUUGGUAAACUGAGUGCUGAAACAACAUCUCGAAUGAUAACAAAUACCGCUAUAGAGCCGGAGGAUCGCUUUCAGAAGAUAAUGAAACAUUCUCGGACCAUACAAAAUGUAAGUGGACCAGUAAUGAAUCAUUUUGGUCUUGAAAUGGAUAGUCAGUUCAUGAGAUUGACUGGUCGAAUAAUACCCGCUCCAUCUCUUGCAUAUAGCGGUAACGCUCCAUCACGAAUUGCAAAACCAGAUCGCAAAGGUGUCUGGAGAAUAGAAACUGGAAAAGAAUUCUAUAAAGCAAUGAAAGUUCAAAAGUGGAUAGUAAUAAGUUUUGUUAAGGAAAAGUUUUGUGGGUUUGGUAAAUUGCGAUAUUAUUCUGAAACUUUAGUUACUUCAAGCAUCAAAUGUGGAAUGAACUUACCCCAUCCUUGUGAGAUAAAACUUUUUGAUGACAGAAGCAGUACGGAAGAGGCUAUAUUAUAUGCUAAAAGAUCUGGUGCUGAAUUUGCUAUUAUUGUUCUCUCUAGAAAUGAUAAAAAGCAUUCGUAUGAAGAAGUUAAAUAUCUUGCAGAUAUUAAAUAUAAUUUGGUUACUCAAUGCAUGGAUGAUAAAAGUCUAAGAAAAAUUAACGAUCAAAUAACAACCAAUGUUUGUUUGAAAAUCAAUAUUAAACUGGGGGGAAUAAAUCAUAUAUUUCUGCAAAACCCGCCAACAUUUUCCUCAUCUGUUAUCGUUUUUGGUGCAGAUUGUGUUCACUGGCCUCGAGAUUUUGGAUAUCCCUCUAUAGCAGCAGUUGUUGGAAGUCUUGAUAAAACUGUGUCUAGAUAUGCUUUAAAAUGCGUUCUACAAGAAAAUAAAGAUGACAGUAAACUUUCACAGGAAAUAAUUACAGAAAUGAAAAGCGUUGUAAAAGGUAUUUUAGAGGUCUUUAGUGAGAACAAUGGCGGGGAAAAACCCGAGAAAAUACUUUUCUUUCGCGAUGGAGUUAGUGAAGGCCAAUUGAAGUCAGCUCUUGAAGAGGAAGUAACAGGUAUUCAACAGGCGUGUUCAGAACUGUUUCAUAAGACUUUACCCAUCACAUAUAUUGUUGUUCAGAAAAGGCACCAAACUAGAGUCAGACCUCAGGAUCGUCAAGAAGGAGUUUAUAAAUCGGGUAAUGUCCCUCCUGGCACUACAAUUGAUACAACUAUUACUCAUCCUGUCUUUUUUGAUUUUUUCCUUUGUUCUCAUGAAGGCAUACAUGGUACCAGUAAGCCAGCACAUUAUAUAGUACUUCAUGAUGAUAACCAAUUUACAGCAGAUGAUUUACAACAUUUAUGCCAUUCUCUGUGCUACGCAUAUACCCGUUGCACUCGGGGGGUUUCCAUUCCAGCACCUGUAUUAUAUGCAGACUUAGCAGCAAAUAGAGCGAAAAAAUAUGCUGAUAGAUUCGCCGAGUCAAAAUCUGGAAAAACUCGCCAACCUUUGCCUCUAGAAGUUGUGCAAGCUAUUGAAAAUAUGCACGAUAUGUUCUAUAUAUAAUCAAGAAUAAUAUAUUCUAGGUAUUAUUGUUAAGUCAUUGAUAUUUUAUACAUCAAUGUCGAAUGUCUAUUUAGGCUAAAUUCAUCUGAAGCACAUCUGAAUUUUAAUGGUCAGCGUUGUUUAUUAUGGGAGAUAUACUGAGAUUAAAGAAAACUUCCGUUUGUCCCAGAUGUAUCAGAUUAUUAGAUACCACUUAGCUUUGUGACUUAUUAUAAACAUAACAAAUUAUUGAAAAAAAAAUUCGGAGCAAAAAUAAUGAUGGAAUUUUUGUCAGUUGGACGUUUUUUUUAGUCUUCAAACUGUGAACGAUUUUAACUGCUAUAUGUCUGUUUUUAAUUUCAAAUUUCGAAUGAAUAUUCGUGUACUGGCAAUAAUAAGUAAAACUACUAUUGUUCAUUGUUAUUUCAUUAAGAAAAAGACAUGCACACUAAAAGCUCUUUUUGUCAGUUAUCUAAUUGACAAGUAAGUGGAUGUUGUUUUCAAUUUACCAUUUGUAUUAAAUACUGUAAUCAUUCA